CACAGGAAGAUGGAGCACUUCUCUUCCAGUGUGAAUGUGAUCAUGGUCAUUUCCACAGCAUUUGAACUGGGAUUGGUUGCUGGGUUGGGCCAUAAUGAACUUGCAUGUCUGUCCCAAGGAGAACUGGUUUUCAGAGCUGACAGCAUUUGGUCCCAGGAGAAGCCUUCAGUUUGUCGUCGGCCUUUCCACUUUGUGCCAUCCACAGGAAUCCAGGACAGUAAAAAGCUAAACAAAGCUUGCUGUCUGAAUGGGAGAGCCUGCAUGCUGGCGUCCUUUUGUGCCUGCCCACUCUCCUUCUACGGACGGAACUGUGAGCGUGAUGUGAUCAAAGAAAACUGCAGGUCUGUGCCCCAUGGCACCUGGCUUCCCAAGAAGUGUUCCAUGUGUAAAUGCUGGCAUGGCCGGCUUCGCUGCUCUCCUCAGGCAUUUCUGCCGGGUUGUGAUGGCCGUGUGAUGGAUGAGCACCUCACAGCUUCCAGGACUCCAGAAUUAACAGUCUGCAUGCAACACUGUUAA